AUGCCUUAUUUGACCAAACCUGUGAUUUCCCUCUGGGUCUUGCUCUUGUGUCUUCUGGCCACGGGGGGAUGUCGUAAGCACGGCCACCGGGUGAAGAGAUGGACCGGGAGCGUGGAGUCGCCCACACAGACCAACACUCAAACGCAGACGGUCAAACAUGGCCCUUCACUGGGCAAGAAGCCUCCAGAUGUCACCAAGUCUCGCAAAGUCAAGACAGAACAUUUGCUCAAAGUCGAUGAUCACGACUUCACCAUGAGACCUGCUUUUGGAGGUCCCGCGAUCCCGGUCGGCGUGGAUGUGCAGGUGGAAAGCUUAGACAGCAUCUCAGAAGUCGACAUGGAUUUCACCAUGACCCUGUACCUGAGACACUACUGGAAGGAUGAGCGCCUGUCCUUCUCCAGCUCCACAAACAAAAGCAUGACGUUCGACGGGCGGCUGGUGAAGAAGAUCUGGGUUCCCGACGUGUUCUUCGUCCACUCCAAACGCUCCUUCAUCCACGACACCACGACGGACAACAUCAUGCUGCGGGUGUUUCCGGAUGGACACGUUCUCUACAGUUUGAGAGUGACAGUGACCGCCGCCUGUAACAUGGACUUCAGCCGCUUUCCCCUGGACACGCAGUCCUGCUCACUGGAGCUGGAGAGCUAUGCGUACACCGACGAGGACCUCAUGUUGUACUGGAAGAGCGGGGAUGAGUCUCUGAGCACCGACGACAGGAUCUCACUCUCACAGUUUCUGAUCCAGAAGUUCCACACCACGUCCAGACUGGCCUUCUACAGCAGCACAGGCUGGUACAACCGACUGUACAUAAACUUCACGCUGCGCCGCCACAUCUUCUUCUUCCUGCUGCAGACCUACUUCCCGGCCACACUCAUGGUCAUGCUGUCCUGGGUGUCCUUCUGGAUCGACCGCAGAGCCGUGCCCGCCAGAGUCUCCCUGGGCAUCACCACGGUUCUCACCAUGUCCACCAUCAUCACCGGAGUGAACGCCUCCAUGCCCAGAGUGUCCUAUAUCAAAGCCGUGGACAUCUAUCUCUGGGUCAGCUUCGUUUUCGUCUUUCUGUCCGUCCUGGAGUACGCAGCGGUCAAUUACCUGUCCACCGUGCAGGACCGGAGGGAGAGGAAGAUGCGAGAGAGGGCGCGUUCGCAGUCUUUACCGUGCACUUGCGGCAUCUCCCAGACCCGCACCAUGACCAUGCUGGACGGGACCUACAGCGAGGCGGACACCAACAGCCUGGCGGGCUACACGGAGGAGCCCAUGAGCCCCGACAUGGACCACGAGGAGAUGCACGAGGUCCCAGAGAAACCCGAACAUAUGGUGGUGCAUCUGUCCGUGAGCAGUGAGUCCACCAACACCAAGAAGAAGAAAAGCAUGCGCACGCUCAACAUCAUGCAGAACACUCACGCCAUCGACAAGUACUCAAGGAUGAUAUUCCCCGGCUCAUACAUCUUUUUCAACCUUAUUUAUUGGUCGGUUUACUGCUGA